GUACGGAUUCCCCCUCUCCGGUCGCCCCCGCCGCUGCCGGCCAGCCCGUCACGGGCCGGAAGAUGGCGUCGGUGGAGCAGCUCGUGUUGGACCUCUGCGAUCCAGAGCUCAGAGAGCAAGCCCUCUUCGAUCUGUCCAAGUGGGAAAGGUGAAAGAUUCUUUGACGAGGAGUAACUUGCAUAAGAGUCACAGACGUUCGAAUCAUCAUCGCCUUCACUUAAAAGGAUGCUUCAGGGGAUGAAACGAAGCACGAAAACUUUUUUUAAUUUCUCUCCUAUUUACUAGAAAGGAAAAGGUAAAGUUAGGAAGAUGAGGCUGCCUAUGACGGAAGUAAACUGAAGGGCACGUUUGAAAGAAAGAACUUCAACGGAGGGAAGUGUUUAAAAUUUUCCACUUCAGAACCACUUCGAGGCCAAGUUUCAACCCUUUUUUUGGUAGAUAACUAGCUUAUCUAUAUUUAUAAUCUUAGGGUUUCUUGAGAUCAUUCACCUUAAGUUACCAUCCGUCAUUGUUGCUUCACUUGAAAUAAUUUUGUAAUGAAGCCCAUGUGUACAUGCCCCUACUAACAAAUUUUCUCAAGCUACAGUUAAGGUUUGCAGUUUCUUGCAAGUAUGUAGAUAUGUUUUUUAGCAGAAGCUUGACGAAUGUUAUUGUGUUAGCUACUAAUCUUAAAAAAGUCUGCCCUGUGUUGAAACUCAUCUUUUUUGCAUGCUUAUUAGAUCAGAUCGCUCUAGGAUCUUAUGCUUUCCACUUUGUUCUUAUAAAACCCAUAUAAUCUUGGAUCUUCCAUGUAUAAUUUGGCUAGCUUUCUUUUUUAAUGUUUAAUUUGGAAGCAAAUUUUUUGGAAAUAAAUUAAAUUUGUGAGAUGAGCUCAGGAUAGGAUUGACAGCCACAUUUAAGGUUGUUGCUUUUCAGCCGUAUGGAUCUUUUUUCAUGACUUGUGACUUUCUAGAUUGUAGAAGGGCCAUGUCCUUAUUUAACUAAGUUCCUCUGAUUUUUAUCCUCUUUCUAGAACCUUGUAUCUCUUGUGCAGUGUAUUUACUUCUUUUGAAUUUUGACAUAUGAAACAUCUUAGCGCAAUCUUGCAUUAUUUUCUUAUUGAUGGUGCUGUCCCAACUUACCACAAAUGCAUCUACUUUUUCUUUUGAGAAUAACCACAAAAAUGACUCUUUUCUUUGUUCACUAUAUUAUCAUCCAUCUAUCUCUAACAUUUAAUAUCAGCGACACUUAUUUCUGUAAAUGCCUUUUGUAAUUACCCAUCAGUUUGACUAUAAAUUUCAAUUAAUCUUAUGACUGAAAAGGUUUUUGGUAUGCAAGGUUGUUGAUUGUGUUGUUAUAUACUGAGUCUUUGAUUUCCAGGUAAUCACAAGACCUUGAGGUUAGUAAAUUCUAAGCUCAAGUGUCUAGUGUUUCAAACUCAAUACUUGUGGGAUUUUUCUCAUCCAUCUUAUUAGUAUGCUACAAUUGCCAUUUCUGCUUAUCCUGUAUGCUACAACAAUUGCCAUUUCUGGCAACCAGGAGUUCUUCUGAGGAGAUAGUCUCUUUAAUCCUCUCUAUACACUCAUACAUGCAGGGACAUGCGCGCACACACCUGAAACUUCUCAUAUGUGGAUAGACACUCACACAUGCACCGUUUGAAGCACAAACACACAUAUAUAUUCAUGCACAGGCAUUCCUUUUCUCCCAUUAAUUUUGUUUCCUCCUUUGAGAAGUAUAAGAAGAAUAAUAAAUGGAUGAAACCUUAAAUCCUGCCAAAAUUGUACUUGUUCUUUUAAGUUUUAUCUAUAUGAUUCUUUACUAAUUUGGAAGGAGAAUUGUUAGAAAAAUUGAUUACAAAAGAAAUUUAGGGGGGAAGAUAGACAUCUUCUCCAAAUAAAUCUCUCAACUAUUUGUUAAGUUUAUAGCCCCUAUGAAUUAAACUUAUGCUGCUAUAUUCAUUAACUAAUGCAAAAAAGAAAGUAGAUACCAACAAUGCAUUUCAUAAUUGGAAAGAAAUUCUACUUAAAAAGGCUUCUUGGACAGGCUAUAUUAUUUCUGGAAAUAUGAUAAUUUGAUUUCUUCCACUGAUUAGGAAAGAUUUUUGUGUUACUUAUUCCUUUUUAGGUUAGGAAAUCUUGAGAAAGUUUUAGUAAUCAUGAUGAUGUUUUAUUCUUGAAGGAUUUCCUAAAGCGAUUAGCAAAUAGGUAAUUAGAAUACUUUAGUUACUCUAAUUAAAGGUCAUAGAUUAAGAAAGAUCAAAUGGUUCAAGCCCAAUAGAAAUUGAAAUUAGGUGGUAGUUCCAAUAAAACUAGGACUAUCUUGCAAGGUUUGCCAUUGUGGGUAUUGGACUCGUCUCGGAGAAUUGUCAGGUCAGUAUGUACUGGUUUGUAUGAGUGUAUCGAUACAUGGUACACCAAUAAGUGUAGUAUUUUGCAGAGGAAGAAAAAGGAGAAGAGGAAGGGACAAUGGAGGAAGGAGGAAGAAAGAGGGAAGAAGAGGAAGCAGCAGUGGAAGGAGGUAGAGGAAGAGGAAGAAGAGAAGAGACAUACUUGAGAAGUGAUUAGGGCAAAUAUUUUGCGGUGGUGGUGUGCAGCGAGGUCAUGGCCAAUGGAGGUUGCCGCUAGCACCUGCGUGAGAAGCAAAGGCUCCGAUCAUGGUGAGAACACAGAGGUGAGAAAUCGCAGUGAGAAAUCAUAGGCUCACAACAUCGAUCGCGGCUGCAUGAGAAGUGGAGGCAGCCAGGAAGUGCGAUUUAGGGUUUCCUACUUUCCCCUUUAUAUGGCAGAUCGGACUUGUACGUGCUGCCCGUUUCAUGCUGGUACAGAAAAGGGACAUUUUUCAAGAUUUGGCUCCAUUGUUGUGGUAUUCUUGUGGCACUAUCACAAUGCUCCUUCAGGAGAUUAUUUCAAUUUAUCCUGCUCUUUCACCUCCAACACUGUCACCAGAUGUAUCAAUUCGAGUUUGCAAUGCUCUUGCUCUUCUUCAGUGUGUUGCAUCACACCCGGAUACACAAAUUCUUUUCUUAAAUGCACAUAUACCUCUAUAUCUGUACCCAAUUUUAAAUACCACAAGCAAAACAAGACCAUUUGAGCACUUGCGGCUUGCCAGCUUGGGAGUGAUUGGGGCUCUAGUUAAGGUCGAUGAUCCUGAGGCCAUCAGUUUUCUUCUCCAAACUGAAAUAAUUCCUCUAUGUUUACGCACCAUGGAGCUGGGCGGUGAACUUUCAAAAACAGUGGCUACGUUUAUUGUUCAGAAGAUCUUGUUUGAUAAUUUGGGGCUUCAACAUGUCUGUGCCACCUUUGAGCGGUUCUUUGCUGUUGAUGUGAUCCUAGCUAAUAUGGUCGUAUCACUUGUGGAGCAACCUUCUACAAGGUUGUUGAAGCAUAUAAUCAGAUGUUACCUCAGGCUGUCAGAAAAUGGAAGGGCAUGUAAAGCUCUCACCAGGGGUCUCCCAGUGAUGUUGAAAGAUGGAACCUUCAACAGGUGCCUUCGCGAUGACCCAGCAACCCACCAAUGGCUUCAACAACUGCUGCGCAAUGUGGCUGGAGCAAACCUGGUGUCAUCUCUUCGGGCAGGAGGGCUAGAUCACAUGAUGGGAAACUAGCAUGGACCUCUCUCCGUCCCCAUUCGGGAUUGUCGUAGUGGUGUAAGAUCUUUCUUUCUAUAACCAUACCUAAUUUAUUUCGAUCGGCUUGUUUAUCAUUGUCUUGGAAAAUUUAUCGAUGAUGAGCAUGCCCAACCUUGUAAAUUCACAUGAGUGGAAGUCGGAGCCCUUUAUGAGCUACCGCAUGAUUUUAAUGGAGAAGCAUCAUAUUCUUGUU